AGACCCAGGAGGAAGUGCAGGGGGGCAGACCCGGGGCAGGUGGAGGCCGGCUCUUCCUGUCGGAGAGCAGUAGCGGGACGGGGGCGACGUUUAUAAAGAACCCCGAUUAAUCCCGGAGAGGCAGACGAGCGGGAGGGGGUCAGACCGAGACUACUGCAGAAACUUCGGGCGGGUCGUUCAAGGGGGCGAAACAGAAUCUCUUCCCAAACCACGUUCCCAGCCCUGUCCUUCGCCAGGGACCAGUGAGGAGGCAAGGGGGAACCGCCGGAUGAUCGUUUCUUAGCCCUGUUAUUCCGCAAAAGAAAGCCGCCCAGCAGCCCCCGGUGGAGGUUAGGCAGCCCCUCAACCCUGCAAAUUCAGGUGAGGCCAAGCCCCGCAGGGUCAGGGCACAGAUGACGGCCAGCUCGCCCCAGCAGGAGAAGGCCCGGAGGAGGCGGGGGAUCAUCACGGCCCUCAUCGUCUUGACGGUGCUGGGGCUGCUGGCCACCGGGGGUUAUUUCGUCAAGCGUCUGGUCGACAGCAAGUACCUCUUCUGCAAGACGUCCUUCAAGUUCAUCCCCCUGUCCUCGGCCUGCAAUGGGAUAGAGGACUGCGCCGGGGGGGAGGAUGAGCUGUCCUGCGUGUCCAACCUGACGGUCACCGUCAUCUUCCCAGUGAGACUGGUGUCCAACAGGUCUUUGCUGCAGGUGUACGACAGCAGAUCGGACUCCUGGAGGCUGGUAUGUGCCGAGGGAUGGCAGCCGAAGCACACCCAGCAGGCGUGCCAGCAGCUGGGCUACACCAGUAACCCCAGCAGUAGCUUGGAGCCUGUGGAGUCCGUGCCCCUGACUGUCAAUCAGGCAUUUGGUGGAUUGAUGACCUCUGACCCAAAUGGAGCCUUCCUCAUCCAGGAUUUAGUCACUGACCGCACGGUCUGUUCUUCUGGCAUGGUCAUUUCUCUCACCUGUUCAGACUGCGGGGAGCGAUCCUCGGAGGACCGGAUCGUGGGGGGCUCAGACGCCACCAUCCAGGAGUGGCCCUGGCAGGUCAGCCUGCAGUUCAACGAGCAGCACACCUGCGGCGGGUCUCUGAUCGCUCCGCGCUGGGUGGUCACCGCCGCCCACUGCUUCCCCCGGGCAGAGCACGUGCUCAGCCGCUGGAGUGUGCAUCCAGGGUUGACGUCCCUGGGGUUCACUGGAGGAGUGUCAGUGGACAAGGUGAUUGUCAACGGCCAGUACAACAGUUACAUCAGCGACUACGAUAUCGCCAUGAUGAGGCUGUCAUCUCCAGUCCAAGUCUCGGCCACCAGUCGGCCCGUGUGCCUGCCCGCGUUUAAUCAGGAGCUGCCCUCGCAGGCCCCUCUGUGGGUGACAGGCUGGGGUUAUCGGGUGGAGAAAGGCGAGGUGUCAACCGUGCUCCAGCAGGCCACCGUGCCCCUGAUCGACAGGGCCCGGUGCUCCCAGUCCAGCGUGUAUGGCAGUGCCAUCACUCCCAGAAUGCUGUGCGCAGGCUACCUGGAGGGCAAGGUGGACGCGUGUCAGGGGGACAGCGGGGGACCCCUGGUCUACUUCCAGAGCAGCUGGGAGCUGGUGGGGGUGGUGAGCUGGGGCGUGGGCUGUGCCCGGCAGAACCGGCCUGGGGUGUACAGCAACGUGCAGAGCUUCCUCAACUGGAUCCACGUGGUCAUGGAGAAAAACCAGUGAGCUUUGCUGCUGAGGACAGAUCGAGACGGCAAGGAUGAAUUUGCAACAAGGAAUCGAAGUGUGUACGUGUGUCCUCUCCCAGCAUGCUGUUCUGCAGGGGGAUGCUGGGUAAUCUUUAUUCAAGAAGCACCAGUGACAAGAACAAAACUGUAGGGGCUUUCUUUCUUUAAUGGAAAAAGUUAUACCUGCACAGGUAUCCCUUCAAACAUGCACUCCUGCUUACCUGUGACGCUAACUGGUUUCUUGAUCCCAACAUGCAAUUGAACCUUACCCUAACUUUGCAUAUUUUCGUCUAUGAAUGAAAAACCUCUAGUACUGAACUUUCAUAUAGGUGACACCAGGGAUGUCUCUUGCACAGUUUACAUGUUGGCUUGCAUGAAUUCAAUUCAAAAUACUUUUCAUCUCAGGAGGGCAUUUUUUUUUUUUCCGGACUCACUUGUAGUCCUUGGCUCACCCUGUGAGCCGUGGUUCCCUGAAGCCUCCAUCAGCUGGCUUUCUGGCCAUUACCUCUGGGGGGGGGGGCGCUGCUCAAUCAGGGGCUUCCAAUCCUGCUCCUGGUGGUCCGCACCUGUUUUCGUUCCAGCCCAGCUUAAGUUACCUGAUUGAACUCAAAAUGGAGCUUGAUUGGAAUGUUUUUAACAAAGUCUGGGACUGUUAAGAAGUGCAAUAGUUAAGAAGCCCUUCCAGUGUGUUUAAGAGGUCAAAGUUCAAAUGAAUCCUCCUUUGAGGGCAAUUAAAGGUAGUAGUGUGUAUGUGAGCUGGGCUGGAACGAAAACCAGGAGUCUCAAGGAUCAAGAUUGGGAGCCACUGUCCUAAUGAAGCAUUUCACGCCUGAGCCUCUCACCUCAUUAACUGAAUGGAAGCAAAAAGAGUUUAUUACCAUUUUUAUGCAGUUACAUUUUUAUUACUGUUUUUAUGCAAUUCUGGUGCUUUGUGCUCUUAACUUAAUUCUUAAUGUAUGCGUGUAUAACUGGGUGCAACUAUCUUUUAACAAGCGAUAUUUAUUCGAAGGAAAUGUGCAGUGAUUCAGAGCACAAUUUAGGGACUGAACCGAAAUUUCAUUUUUAGGAGUUUGACCUGAAACUCAGCCUUAUUUGCUUAUUCGUCUGCAUUUUAAUUAAACGGGCGAUGCGUAGUUCGGUCUUAAUUUCGCCGAAUCUCGGAUCGCCAGCGCAGCACCUGCGACUGGGUAAAAAUCGUUUAAGAAGGGCAUGCACAGAAAGCACUCCACUCCCACCUUUUCAAAAUACAAUUUGCAACAACCUGUGGGAAUUCUUGUGGCAGGUCUUGGGCCGAGCUCAUCAGAAACACGAAACGCACUUGAAUGACUGGAUAACGGCGUGACUUCAGUGACACUUUUCUCCACGGGUAGUUACGGGAGAAAAGUGUCACUGAUAGGAUUUCCACACCAGUUAAGUUAGGGAGAGGGGACUGUAAAAUCUCACUGAAAAUACCCUGGACCUCUAGGCCGGGCUGAUCUAUCAACACCCUAUGCCACAGUGCCUACUUCUGUGUACUUUUGAAAUACUGAAUGCAGUGUAUUACCGACGCCAGCACGGCUGGGCAGUAACCAUGACCUUGCGCAUAAUCCCAAAGCAAACAAACUCCACAGCAGACAGCGUUUCCGCGCCUGGCAAAGACCUUAGAGUAACUGUGAGGGUUUUUAAGUCUCGCAGCCCGUUAAUCAAUUGAUCACUGUUCGAUUCGUGGUUUAAUUUCCCCGUUCGGUUUCGUUUCCAAUUCCGGAAGCUAGUUUGUUUUUUUUUUUUAAACUGGCUGAUGUACCUCAGUCCACUUCCUGCCGUCUCCAGGAAGUGUCCUUUGCGUCAUUUCCUGUUUGGCGCCGCUCUCAAAAAGUUGAGUGGAGUGAUGCCGCUGUCACUUGUGGGACUCUUUGUUUUGUUUUGCACCAGAGUCGCUGGGAAUGAAGUGGGUGAGUGAACCGAAAGCGAGCGGCACUUUUCCUAAAAGUGUUGGGGGGUGGACGUUUCUGCACUGUCCUGACACCGAGGGGGGGUUAGCCGGAGUUUGGACGUUUA